AUGCCGCUCUGUCUCACCUUCAUCGACUUAAAGAAGGCCUUCGACUCAGUUGAGACGGAAGCGGUCGUGGAAGCCUUGGACAACCAAAGCGUCCCUACUCAGUACAUAAAGGUACUUCGAGGGUUGUACAGUAACUUCACGACCGGAAUUUCGCCAUUCUACAAGAACAUCAUCAUUGACGUGAAGAGGGGGGUUCGACAGGGUGACACAAUCUCACCCAAAAUAUUCACAGCCACCCUCGAGAACGCAAUGCGAAAGUUGGAAUGGGACGACAUGGGAGUGAAGGUUGAUGGUCGGCAGCUACACCAUUUGCGCUUUGCUGAUGACAUCGUACUGAUAACACCUAGCAUCAGCCAAGCGGAACGAAUGCUGAUCGAAUUCGACGAAACAUGUGGAUGCGUCGGUUUUCAGCUGAAUCUACAAAAGACGAUGUUUAUGCGGAACGGAUGGGUCUCGGAUUCCCCAUUCACGCUCAACGGAACGAAUAUAUCCGAAUGCACCAGCUACGUUUAUCUGGGUCGGGAACUGAACAUGAUGAACGACCUGACCCCCGAGCUGGGCAGGAGGAGACGAGCGGCUCGGGGAGCGUACAAGAGCAUCGCGGAUGUAGUGAAGAAGACCAGGAACACCCGGCUCCGUGCUCACCUCUUUAACACCACCGUACUUCCUGCUUUGACCUAUGCUUCGGAAACCUGGGCAUUUCGCAAGCAGGAAGAAAACGCGGUGAGCGUCAUUGAACGCGCAAUUGAGAGAGUGAUGCUAGGAGUAUCCCGUUUCACGCAAAUGAGGGACGGGAUUCGAAGUUCUCUCCUACGUCAGCGAUCGAAGAUUAGAGACGCCGCCGCGUUUGCCAAGGAAAGUAAAAUAAGGUGGGCCGGAGACGUGAUGCGCUUUAACGACAACCGUUGGACCAGAGCCAUGAGCGACUGGGUUCCCCGCGAUAUUAAGCGCACUACAGGAAGACCGCCGACCCGAUGGUCAGAUUUCUUCACGAAGUCCUUUAAAGAAAAGUAUGAUGUUCUUCGUGUCCCACGCGAAAGGAGAACCACUGGGCUACUCUGGCACGCGACCGGGACAAAUGGAAGAACUACUGGCGCCCGCUCGACCAGUUCGAAGAUCAACGGGAGUCAAGGUGAUCAAGGUGAUCCAUAA